GAGAGGUCGGGGUCCGGGGCCGGAGAGGCUCGGCACCCGGCAGCGCGGGGAGCCGCACCUGGGGCGGCGUGGUCCCGAGCGCGGACCGGAACCGGAACCGGAACCGGGAACACCGGGAGCGAGGGUGCGGGGCCGGCAACGCGCGGCGGGGCGCCGCGGCUCCCGGAGAGGCUGCGGGCAGCCCCGACGGCACUCUCAGGCUCGCGUCGGGGGCCCCUGGGUCGGGGAGUGGGGCCUGGGAAAGUGAUUCCGAAGGAACUGACAGGGCACGCAGGGGGCGCGGGGGGGCCGAGGCGACCGCUCUGCCACCUGAGCGGGAACCGACGGGAGGUUUCCUCCUCCCCGCCCCCCCGGUCGUUAUUGUGCGCCUGGGAUCUAAAAGAUUACGUCUAUUUUGAAAAUUCUUCUAGCAAUCCUUACCUGGUUAGACGGAUUGAGGAGCUCAACAAGACUGCAAACGGAAACGUGGAGGCAAAGGUUGUGUGCCUUUUCCGGCGAAGGGACAUUUCUAGUAGCCUCAACAGCCUGGCGGAUAGCAAUGCCAGGGAGUUUGAGGAAGAAUCAAAGCAGCCAGGGGUAUCAGAGCAGCAGCGACAUCAGCUGAAGCACCGGGAGCUUUUUCUUUCUCGGCAGUUUGAAUCGUUACCAGCCACACACAUACGGGGGAAAUGCAGUGUGACCCUCUUGAAUGAGACGGACAUCUUGAGCCAAUACCUGGAAAAGGAGGACUGCUUUUUUUACUCACUGGUGUUUGAUCCUGUGCAGAAGACACUUCUAGCUGAUCAGGGGGAGAUCAGAGUUGGUUGCAAAUACCAAGCUGAGAUCCCAGAUCGCCUGGCAGAGGGGGAAUCCGAUAAUCGGAACCAACAGAAGAUGGAGAUGAAGGUCUGGGACCCAGACAACCCUCUCACAGACCGGCAGAUUGAUCAGUUUCUCGUGGUGGCCCGAGCUGUGGGCACCUUUGCAAGAGCCUUGGAUUGCAGCAGCUCCAUUCGGCAGCCAAGCCUGCACAUGAGCGCGGCCGCUGCCUCCCGAGAUAUCACGCUGUUCCAUGCGAUGGAUACGUUGCAGAGGAAUGGCUAUGACUUGGCUAAAGCCAUGUCUACCCUGGUGCCCCAGGGGGGCCCGGUGCUGUGUCGGGAUGAGAUGGAGGAGUGGUCUGCCUCCGAGGCCAUGUUGUUUGAGGAGGCCCUGGAGAAGUACGGGAAGGAUUUCAAUGAUAUUCGCCAGGACUUCCUGCCUUGGAAGUCACUCGCCAGUAUAGUCCAGUUUUAUUACAUGUGGAAAACCACAGACCGCUAUAUUCAGCAGAAAAGAUUGAAAGCUGCUGAAGCAGACAGCAAACUAAAACAAGUCUAUAUCCCUACCUAUACUAAGCCAAAUCCUAACCAGAUCAUCUCUGUGGGCUCGAAACCCGGCAUGAAUGGGGCUGGAUUCCAGAAGGGCCUGACUUGCGAGAGCUGCCACACCACACAGUCUGCCCAGUGGUACGCCUGGGGCCCACCCAACAUGCAGUGCCGGCUCUGUGCUUCCUGUUGGAUCUACUGGAAGAAGUAUGGGGGGCUGAAGACCCCGACCCAGCUUGAGGGAGCUGCUCGGGGCACAACAGAGCCACACUCGAGGGGUCAUUUGUCUAGACCUGAAGCCCAGAGUCUCUCUCCCUAUACGACCAGCGCCAACCGGGCCAAGCUGCUGGCUAAGAACAGGCAAACAUUCCUGCUCCAGACCACAAAGCUGACCCGUCUGGCCAGACGCAUGUGCAGGGACCUGUUACAGCCGAGGAGGGCUGCCCGACGACCCUAUGCCCCUAUCAAUGCCAAUGCCAUCAAGGCGGAGUGCUCCAUUCGACUUCCUAAGGCUGCGAAGACUCCAUUGAAGAUUCAUCCUCUGGUGCGGCUGCCGCUGGCAACCAUCGUCAAAGAUUUGGUGGCCCAGGCGCCUCUGAAACCAAAAACACCUCGGGGUACCAAGACGCCGAUCAAUAGAAACCAGCUGACCCAGAACCGGGGUCUGGGGGGCAUUAUGGUGAAACGGGCCUAUGAAACUAUGGCAGGAGCGGGGGUCCCCUUCUCUGCCAAUGGAAGGCCUUUGGCCUCAGGGAUUCGCUCCAGCUCACAGCCAGCAGCCAAGCGUCAAAAACUAAACCCAGCUGAUGCCCCCAAUCCGGUGGUGUUUGUGGCCACAAAGGAUACCAGGGCCCUGCGGAAGGCUCUGACCCAUCUGGAAAUGCGGCGAGCUGCCCGCCGGCCCAACUUGCCCCUGAAGGUGAAGCCACCACUGAUUGCAGUGCGGCCCCCAGUCCCACUGUCUGCACCCUCACAUCCUGCCAGCACCAACGAGCCCAUUGUCCUGGAGGAUUGAGCGUCUGUGGGGGAAGGGAGGUGGGCUGAAAGCUAGAGGGUGGGUGCCCAGGGCAUCCAACCUCCCUUCCUUCUAGUAUCAAAGGGAAUGAGGAGUGAGUGAGGGAGGGAGCAAGUGAGUGUGUGUCCUUGGAGGGGUUGGGCGCCCUCUGGUGUUACCACUUGGAGGCUUGUCCCUUUCCCACGCUUCUCCACACCUGGUGGUGGAAGGCACACUGCAGGAACUUGACCCAUUGUGGGAACCUAGCCUGUUUUGGGGGGUAGGACCCACAGUUGUCUUGGACAGUUUUGGGGGGAGGGUUUUUUAAUUUUUUAAAAAUUUUGCCUCCCUUUGUGAAAGGGGAUGGGGGAGGGGGAAGAGUAAAUGGAUAGGAGGUGGUGGUUGGGGGAGGGGGACGUGCACUGCCAUGACUGCCAUGUCUAUCUUUUUUUUCUAAUGGGGGUUUUUCUUCCUGUCCGGUGUCCGGACUUUCCUAAUUGGAGUUUGAGGCCCCUAAGCCUAAGCUGGCAUCAACCCCAGCCCAUGCUCUCUCUUUUCCUUCCCUCCCUGUGCCCCCUCCGCCUUUUGUACGCCAAUUCUCAGAAAUAAAGAUCUUUUGUCCGUUUUUUUAACCUCGGAUUCUGUAAUUGGUUCUUUAGUAACAAAUAAAAAGCUGUUUUCUUCAGCUU